AAUAAUAAAAUAAUGAUUCAUCAUCAUUAUUACAACACUCACUACUCAACUUCAUCUUUUUGGUCUCUAUCUUCCAUUUCCCCUCUCUCUCUCUCUCUCUAUAUGUAGCAGCUACAUUGUGUGUUUUCCUUAAUCUGGGUCGGUCGCCAUUUUUAUCAAGGUUUUGUGUCAGACUUGUAGUUUAGAAGCGGCAUAAAGUUGGGCAGAAGUGCUAGGAAGAGUAAGCAUGUCAAGUGACAGUUGCAGCCACUGGUGUUAUAGUUGUAGACAACCUGUGAAUCUCAGGAGACAAAAUGAUGUUUGCCCCAAUUGCGGUGGUGGAUUUGUUCAAGAGCUUGAAGACAUAACGAGUAGUAGUGUAGAUAAUCAGAGCCAGAGGCCGAGAUUCAUGGAAUCCGUCUCAAACUUUUUAAGACGACAAAUCUCAACUACAAGUAAUACUUCUGAGAGAGGGAGAUCUGAUGGGGGUGCUGAACGAGGAAAUUUAUGGAAUCCAUUGCUGAUUUUCAGUGGUGAUACGCCUGUUCAGAUGCCUGGGGAUGGUGGAGUUUUGGAGUUUCUUAAUGAGGCUCUUGGCUUCCGACAAGAAAAUGGUGGUGAUUAUUUUGUUGGUCCAGGAGUGGAGGAAUUUUUUGAAGAAAUUGUAAAUAGAAAUCAGCGUGGUGCUCCUCCUGCCUCAAGAUGUUCAAUUGAUUCCCUACCAACAGUCAAGAUAUCGAAAAAAGAUGUUAGAUCGGAUUCUCACUGCCCUGUUUGUAAAGAGAAAUUUGCUCUGGGGACUAAGGCAACAAAAUUGCCUUGCAAGCACUUAUAUCACUCGGAUUGUAUCACUCCAUGGCUAGAACAGAAGAAUUCAUGUCCUGUCUGUAGAAAGGAGCUGAUACCUGAAAAAUCUGGCAAUGACCAUUCUUCUCGAAACUCAAGGAGUGAAAGCAGAAGCAGCAGUAGGCGAGUUAGUGCUAGGGAGAACAGUUCUCAGAACCAAGAAAGGCGGAGACCAUGGUCUUCCCUCUGGAACUUUGGUUCAUCUCGUUCUAGUUCCCGAAGUACUCCAGCUGCUGAAACCAGCUCACAAACCAGCCAUCAACACAAUAAUUACUCUGAGUACUCCAACUGGCCCUUUGAAUAACAAGGUUUCUCUAAAUGUAACCUGUUUUCUUUUUUCAAAUUUUUCAUGAUCAUAAUGUUCUACCUCUGGUUGAACUUAGACGAUUUCUCAUGGUAGAGAACCCCCCCUCCCCAUGUGUUUACUUGCUUGUAAUGUACAUUUGAAGCUUUUCAUGUGUUUCUGAUGACUGAAUUGUAUUUGGUUUCCAAAGUGCGAUUUAACAUUUGUACCUUUCUGAU